ACGGCAGAGUGAAGUGUGACAUUCAUUAAAAAAAAAAUAUUACAAAUGGCUUCCGUUUUUAACUUACGCCUAUCGUAAUCCUAUGUUGGUAUGGUUUUCUAAAAAGGCUACUAAUUUCUAGUGACGAACGUGUUCGAUCAAUUAAAUACGUCUUUUAUUUCAAACUAUGGGUAUACAAGAUCUUCAAACGUUUUUAGAAAACGAAGGUGUUGGAGUUGAUUUAUUUCGAAUAGCUAGAAACCAUGCCGGCGGGUUCCGCUUAGUUCUCGACGCGGAAGGAUGUCUAGAUCGUCUUUAUGGAGGAUAUUUCUCAGAUUGGGCUUGUGGAGGCCAGUGGGCUCGAUGCGUGCAAUUUUUAACCACACUUGCACAGGCACUUGCUGAACAUCAAGUAGCCCUAUGUGUAUGUUUCAAUGGUGCACAUCCUACUCCACCUGCAUUGCCACAGCAUUGGAUACAAACACAAGCUACAUAUCGCCAGAGGGUCAACUCGGUGCUGCGUCACAUUGCUACAAAGGGCACUCCUCCUCCUAAAGUAUGGUGGGUUCCUCCCAUGGGCCUACAUUCCUGCCUCAGAACAGCAUUAAGAUAUCUUAAUAUCCCAAUAAUGGUCUCUUCUGAUGAUCAUUGCCAAGAGGUAGUUGGUCUUUGUCGAGAGAAAACUUAUGCUGGACUUGUUGGGUGCUCUGGAGAAUAUUUAGUCUUUCAACCACCAAGAUACUUUAGCUCAUCACAGCUGAAACUUACAUACAGGUCAUCAUUGGAGACAAAAGAGUACAUGGUGCACGAGCUACCGCAAGUAUUAGAUGUGCCACAGGAUCGACUAUGCCUUAUGGCAGCGCUACUUGGUGGUACUAUUCUAUCUGAGCAAAGUCUUGUUGAUUUCUAUAAGCGGUUGGGAAUUACGCAAAAGAAGCAAGUUCCUCCAGAAGCUUUAGUGAAAGCUAUUUGUCAAUAUGUGCGAGAAUUACCCUCCUCUGAUGUGGAUGCCGCAUGCAUUGAUGUCUUUGGUGACCUUAAUGAUCUCCGAGCUGCCAAAUUGAAACAAGCUGUUCAAUACUAUUUGAAUGGCACAAAAGAUGGAUUUUUAAAAUACAGAACUGCAUCUGGUCGUCGUCCAAAGAACAACAAAAAAAAUCAGAAGUCUGAUAUUAGUCCACAAUCAACUUCUUUAGAUUUGGAUACUUCUAAACUGGCUGCUGAAUCAUCUGAACAUGAGCAAAAAGGCUUGGACGACUACAAAUUGGCAACAGCAAAUGCAUCAAUUAACGCCGACUUUAGCAUGGAAGAAAGGCCAUCUGACAUACAGCAUGGACUUGCGGCGAUCUCUCUGGAUUCCGGCGAUGCGGGUGCAGCCAAGCAGCAAACUAUCAAUCCAGCUGAUAAAAAUGAAAAACCACAAUCUGCUCCUAAAGAGGUUCGUCCGAAUGUGAAGCAAAUUCAUAAUGAAGACAAUUGUCCUCCGGCCCCAGCUGAAGUGUUACGAACAUGUGCUGAGCGACACGCACGUGGCCUUAUGCACCCUCAGAUGCUAUCGAUCUUGACACAUCGUCAAGUUACCUUGCCUGUACUGAUGGAGGAUGACAAUCACCGUGAAAUACCCUCCAUACACCACUUCUUUAGACCUGUUAGACAAAAUGUAUACGCCAUUUUGUAUAACAUGCACCACCACCGAUUUAUGGCUCAAAAAGCCAAAGAAGAAGGCUCAACAAGUUCAGUGAAUAUUGAUCGCCCUUGCACUGUACAAGUAGCCGAGUGGAUCUAUUCUCGGGUAAAUCCCGGGAAAAGCCCUGAAGUUGUGCCAGGGGUUGUUCUAGAAUGGCCUGUACCAACUGUGCAACGGCUUUGGUUCGGAACUGCCCAAGAUGACAAAUGCCGCCGUAUGAGAGCAUUCCUAUCGUGCAUGCGCUCCGAUACUCCAUUGAUGUUGAAUACAUCUUAUGUUCCCCAACAUUUGCUAAUUUUGGCAACUGUGUUGAGAUUUAUAAUGACAUCUCAAAUUCAAAUAUUGAGGCGACAAGAGCUGGAUGCUUUUUUGGCUACAGCUUUUUCAAACGAUCUCAUGAAUGCACUUCAUUUGCAAGAAAUGACCGUAAGUGUGAAAAGUGUGAAUGGUAUAAACUCACGCGGAGUUCAACUGGGUGCGCUGGUGAUGGCGGGAGCGGAAGCGGCAUUGCUGGCCAAUGACGCAUGCGGCGCCCCCGUGCCCUGGCUAGUCGCUGCGCCCUGGCUCUACUUUGACGGCAAACUGUUGCAACGCAACCUACAUCGCGCUAAUCAUUGCAAGCAUCUUGCUCAGCUCUGCGAUAACCAUUUGGAUACGGUGGUCAAGGUAGAACGUAUGCGCAAAGCUAUCUUGGAAGGGCUAGAGGUGGAGUUUGCGAUGCCACCGCUUCCUUUAGUCGCCGGCGUCGUGGGAGGCUCGCUCGGCGGGCAGCUCGGUGGCUGGCCGCGCGGCCGGGGACGCGGCGCGCGCCUGGAGAUUGCAGGCGUCGUCGUGGGACAGUGGGGCGGCGGCAGCUACCCUACGCGCACUACUCGCUACCCACAACAGGUGAGCUACGUGGGUUACACACCGCCGCCCCGCAACGCGUACGGCGGGCGGGGCUGGCGCGGGACGCGCGGCGGUCGGGGACGCGGGCGCGGCCGCGGUGCGGUGUCCACGCCCCCCGCACGCACCGCGAGACGCGCUCGCCGCGAUAUCGAUGAGCCUGUUAAGCCCGCCACGCUUACUAUUAACGGGAAAACUGUAAGGCCUGAAGAUAUAAAUCAACAGGAGGAGGGCAGUCCUCAUGAGGAUCCUUCAGCACCUGACACCGAUGCUGAUGGUACACAGCCUCAAAAACUGAAGACUGGCAAAAAUGUUAAGAAGAAUAUGGGGAAAGGGAAGAAAAAGAGCUCUGGCCAGAAGUCUGAUCUCGCUCAAACAUUGGAGGCUAAUGGCCCACUUGAUAAGAAUAAGGUGGCGGAGCAAUGCCACAAUUCUGAAAAGGAACACAUUGGUCAAGGUGAUGCACCAGUUUCAAACUAAAGUAUUCGUUUCUAAAGGUAAUUUCGUUAUUGUUUUAUUUUAUUUAGUAAUGAUUUGAAAUCAACUUAGUUUAGUUUUUUCGUGGCUUUUGUUUAUUUUUAAUACUUUAGUUGUCCUCAAACAAGAAAUCUAACAAACUUUUCGUAAUAUAACAUACACAUGAAGACACAAAUGUGUACACACUUCUUGGGAAAAUACGUUGGAAGGUAAUUGUUUUAGCACGUAAAAUCUAUAUUAGGGAUUUAGCUUGGAUAUUAAUCCACAGGUUAAGAUGUAUACGUGCCUGAAGAUCUAAAAGACUUCCCUAUUUUGAGACUGAUUUUGUAUUACUAUAAUUGACACAAAUUAGUGUUCAAUUAAUAAUAUUGUUAAAGACAAGUGGAGGCUCAAUUUAUGCCCCAAUAAAAUCCCAAAUAAGACGAAAAUGACUCUGGUUAUUUUGUACUGUACUAUAAUGAGACCAAUAAUACUGAUGUAAACUGAAAAACAAGAUCUAUAUUUCUAAAGAAAUAAUGUGACCUAAGGGAAAAUGCGGUUCUAUUAUUUGAGGUAGUUAAAUACCUCGUAGAAUAAGUAAUGAGGACCGAAAGAUACCAACUAUUUGACAAGUGAUAUUUAAGAUAUAUAAUUAUAUAUUGCUAAAUUGACCUGUUGAUUGUUAAGUCAUGUUUUAUUGAAAAGUGAGAUGACUUAGUGCAUAGUAUGUUUUAUUUAUUUACACAUAGUAUAUUUACAAUUUACCAAAUCAUAAUUUUUUACUUAUAAGUGGGUUUGGUCUAUGAAAUCUUUUUGAAAUAUUUCAAAGCCAAAUAAUGCAAAAUGUCAAUAAACCAUAAAUAUAUAAGGGCUCUCAACCACAUAUAGGAAAAUCUCUAGGCAAUAAUUAUAUUCAACAAAAAGUCGAAAAAACCUGGAUUGCAUAGACUAAACCAAAAUGUUUUCAGACUUGUUUUUGGGAUUUCUUGAGUCAUUGUUUAGGCGUUAUUAUAAUGUUGUUUGUUGUGUUAAAAAUAAAACAUGUCUGAAUAACCUUAAUAUAUUUAUAACGAUCUCUGAAAAUAAUAUAAAGGCACAACGGACUAUAUUAAUGUGGGAACUGUGAUUACAGAAUGUUUUUUGUUAUAUGUUCCAGUUAAGGGCAAAACUCUGGUUAGUGGAACACUAAGUUAGUUUAAAAAAAGUGCAUUUAUUGAAUGAUUCUUGGUGCUUAGAAAUCUGUGGGACUGCCUGAAACGAGUCUGAAACUCAUAGAUUUAAGUCUAACGAUAAACGUUUAUUAAAACUGAAUGAGCAUUCGCAUUUUGACACAUCCGCGUAAUAUAGGGUAUUAUUUCGAUAGGAAAUCUUAGAUUUGUUAUUAGUGAUAUAUUUAUAUGCAUUUUUGGGAUUCUCAAUAUUGCGAAUGUUCUUCAAUUUAUAUGUAUUUUUGUAAAUUUGUUAUAUUGUUAUACUUAAAUUUAGCUGGAAUGAGAAACAUCGAUAUAAGGACAGUCUUACUAAAUAACUCGAAUGGUGGAAUAACUGUCGCAAUUUGCUACGUAAAUGUACAUUCCAUUCAGUUCUUCUCAACAGUAAUUGCACAGUACACGCCAGUCGAGAAUGGAACUAAAUGAAGACUUUACAAUUUUGAACGCUUUAAACCCAGGCCAGAACAUAACACAAAAUAUGUUGCCACAAUAACAUAUAAAUUAUAAUAAUUGAUUGAAAGUAACAAUCAACUCUGAUCAGAACUUGAGUGCAAUGCACACACGCAGCAGCCACAACGCUGUUCCAAGACACUAAAUGCAAAUCAAAGUAUAUGCCUCUGACUUCGUAACGAUGCCACAGAGUGGCUAGAGUGGAGGCUUACCGCCCUCCACUCUUCAGCUCGAGCGUUCAACUUGCAUGUGGACGCUCACAUUGCAAAGUAUUCGCAAGCUGUCGCCAAAAGCGAUACGCACUUUAUAUUAUACAUUUAAACAUUUAUAUAAUUAUUGCUUGCUUAAUAAAAUAGACACCAUGUUAGCAUUAGAAUUUUAACUUAAAUGUAUUUUGAUUUGUUUAAGAAUUAUGUAUAACAAUGGUAAAGCAUGUGAAAAAUAAUCUUAUAAUAUGGGGGUUUUUUCAGAUUAUAAUGUUAACUUUCUUCACAGAUUGGUAUUCUUAAAAAUGUUACCAUAAUAAUAAUUGGAUUGUUAAGACACCUUUGUUAAUCUCCAUUAUUUCAUGUUAUACAUAUUAUCACAUACUUACAAACUAGAUGAUUCAAAAGAGAAGUAGAUUUUAUUUAUCUCUUUUAAAUCCAUUAUUCACUAUAGUUUAGAUUAUUCUCAACAAUAUGAUAACUUUUACUAUCUACAUUAAUACAUUUUGUUUGCUGACAAUGGUCAUGAUUAUCAACAUAUAAUAAUCAAAAUAUAUUAGAAUACUUGUCAUGUUAAAGAUACAUUUUUCGUAAUUGAAGUAGCAAACGUGGAACCGUGGCUUUUUGAAAACACUUAUAACUUAAGAACCUACGUACGUAAACCCGCAAUGUGAAAUUUAAAAAUUGUUCAUUAAUUUAUGAACUCAAAAUUUGGAUAAAAUUUAAAUUGUAAAGAGUUGUAUUUGUCUUCAAAUAAAACGUUCCAUUAAUAUGAAA